GCUCCCACCCCAAAUGAGCGUUAUGAUCCUUCCGGAAAUUUGGGGCACUCUAUCAUUACUAUUUUGUUUUUAAAUUUCAGCUGCUCGGCGAUCCUCUGAGUAUCGACUAUCUUCCCUCUCGUCAAAAUCGACGGCCGGAUCUCCCCUAUCGCUCCUCCCUACAUAAAGUCUCACAAACCUUUUCUUGCCCUGCACUCCGCUCUCUGCAGAACCUUUGUUCCCUUCACCUCCCUCUACUCUCGACUUUCCUCUUCCUCAACAAUGGCCUUCCAGCCACUUAUCCCUGUUCAACUAUUACUCUUCUCGCUUCUCCCAACCAUUUCCUCCUCCCCCUCCUCCUCCUCCCCUGUUUCCUCGCCGGUUAUCGGCGUAAACUACGGCCAAGUAGCGAACAACCUCCCAUCUCCUGAUGAAGUACUCCCCCUCAUCCGCUCCGUCGGCGCCGGCCGCCUGAAGCUCUACGACACCGAUCCCACCGUCCUCCGCGCAUUCGCCGGCACCGACAUAGAGUUUAUCGUCGGUCUUCCUGACCAACUGGUUCCUAAACUCCGCGACCCCGCGGCUGCCCUCUCAUGGGUGAAAUCCAACCUCCAAACCCACAUUCCCCGCACAAAAAUCACCGCCGUCACCAUCGGCAACGAAAUCCUCUCCAGUAACAACACCCUCCUCAUUCAAAGCCUCAUUCCCGCGAUCCAGUCUGUCCAUUCAGCACUCGUCACCCUCAACCUCGAUCGCCAGGUCGCCGUCACCACCGCACACUCCCUCACCAUCCUCUCCACCUCCUACCCCCCUUCCGCAGGCAGAUUCCGACGGGAUCUCCUUCCUUACAUCUCCCCCCUCAUCAAUUUCCUCAAUAAAACCGGAUCCCCUUUUCUGAUCAAUGCCUACCCAUUCUUUGCGUACAAAGCUGAUCCCAAGCGGGUUUCGCUUGAUUACGUCCUAUUCCAACCAAGCGCCGGCGUGGUUGAUUCGGGGACAGGGCUAAGGUACAGGAACAUGCUGCACGCGCAGGUGGAUGCAGUCGUGACCGCAAUUGCAGCUGCGGGUGGGGAGAAGACGGUGGAGGUAAGGGUAUCGGAGACAGGGUGGCCGUCGGCGGGGGAUGAAGAUGAGGUGGGGGCGACGCUGGAGAAUGCCCGGAGGUAUAAUGGGAAUUUGAUGAAGAUGGUGGCGGAGGGGAAAGGGACGCCGAUGCAGCCCAGAUCGCCGCUUCAGGUGUAUGUGUUCGCUCUUUUUAAUGAGAAUAUGAAGCCCGGGCCAUCGUCCGAGCGUCAUUACGGGCUGUUUAAGCCCGAUGGCACUCUGGCUUAUAACAUUGGUGUUACAGUGCCGGGUCUUAAUUCGACGACGAGCGGCGAUGGCGGUGAUGGCGGCAAUGGCGGCGGAGAUGAGAGCUCGCCGUUGGUCGACUCUGCUUCUCCUGGCAUUUACUACACUGUGUACUCUGCCGUGGAGGAAGGCAGGCGGGCAUGGCUGAGUGGAGCGAUGGCGGUGGUGGGCCUGAUCUUGCAAUUAGUGUUAGUAUGAUGCUGAUCAAAGUUCGCUAGGCUUUAAGAUAUUUGUUGCGACGCGUAUAGCUCGUUGGUAGAUCUCACAUGCGGCUGGCUUCUGGCUAUUUCUGCUACAUUCAAUCUGUUAUUAGGUUUGGGACUUGAUUAUAGCUUUUGGUUUUCUAUUUUUUUUGUUUUUUAGUUUUGCUUUCCAGCACAGCUUGUGUUGUUGGAUAACAGCCAAUCAGCAUGUAGGAAUCAUAUUGGUGGGUGUCAUUGGUGCCCCAUCAUCAAUGGGUGCUGGACAAUGCAUGUUGAAAAUUAAUUUUAAAAUUGUUUAAUUUGCUUUGGAUGA